AUCUUGCUGCCGAAUGCUUGCAUAGCCAACACCGGUAAUUGCCCACCUUGGGGGACCUACCCCUCCAGCAUGUCCCAAUCAACAGUCCGACCUCCAAAGCCUGCGCAGUGGCCCUGGUCUCGACGCAGAAGCGCUUUCGACCCGCCGACCAUCCUCGAUAACUUCCUCGACUCGCCUCUACGAUAUCUUGUAUCUACAAUCUAUGCCAUCCUCCUGAGCCUUCGCGGCGCCUCGUUCAAACCCCGCAAAGACAAGCCUAGAGUGAAGGUUGUCUGCAUCUCGGAUACUCAUACCAAUACUCAAGAUAUCCCGAAUGGAGAUGUGUUGAUACAUGCUGGAGACUUGACAAAUGCGGGUACGGUCAAAGAAAUACAAGCACAGUUGGACUGGCUGGCUGGCUUGCCUCACAGGGAGAAGAUAUUGAUUGCGGGAAACCAUGAUAGUUAUUUUGAUCCCAAAUCAAGAAGGGACGAGGACAAAGGGAAGAAGCUGAACUUUGGGUCUCUUCAUUACCUUGAGAAUAAGGCCAUUACUUUGAAGUUCAAAGGUGGACGAAAGCUCAACUUCUAUGGAGCUCCAGAUAUUCCUAAAUGCGGUGGUAGUGAUAUGGCAUUCCAAUAUGAUCGUUCAUCGGAUCCUUGGGAUAAUCGGAUUCCUAUAGAAACAGACGUUCUAAUUACCCACACCCCUCCACGCUAUCAUCUCGACCUCAACCUCGGAUGUGCCGGCUUGCUCAAGGAGAUCUGGCGUGUCAAACCACGGCUUCACGUCUUUGGACAUGUACACUCGGGACAUGGCCGAGAAGCCGUUUUCUGGGACGAGGGACAAGCUGCAUACGAGAGGCUGAUGGAUAGGAAGAAGGGCGGAAUACUUAUAGAUGUAUUGCCGAGCCCUGCUUGGUGGGAUGCUUUGAUGGUUGUUUAUUAUGGGUUCAAGGGUAUUCUUUGGCAAAGGCUAAUGGUUGGACCAAAAGGCGGGAAUGGUGGCUUGAUGAUUAAUGCUGCUCUUGUAUACCAGAGUACGGUCGAUUUGGGAAACAGCCCUGAAGUUGUAGAGUUAUAAUUUGCUUGCAGAGAAUGAUUGACAGCUUUUCACAAAGUCACAAGAAGAUUCAAGAGCAAAGCUGGUCAAACAUCCAUUGAUUUCUGAUUCUAAGGGAGCUGGUAGCGGCAAGGACCAAGUUUCUCCUGGUACAUGAUGUAUCUAUUUAACCCCGGGACUUCCUGAUUCAUUCGGAGGUACAAAAAGUGGAAGAAAUAAAAUUUACAAUGGCACAGUAACUUGUCACUUGUUGGUAGGAUCUCUCGUCAAAGGAUCGUUCACUUCCAG